AACCUCCAGGGGGCGGGACCAGGGACGUGAGCAGACGUAACCCUACCUCACCGAGAAAACUUACCUCACAACUUACCAAGCUGUCCGAGCCGCGAUCUCUUGCAUUUUCUUCUCUGAACACUGAAUAUACGCUUCGCCUCGUCAUGGCCAGCUGCGGCGAGUCCCAGUUUUCUCUUCUCAACCUGGAGGAUGAGCUGACCUGCAGCAUCUGUCUGAGUCCCUUUGACUAUCCGGUGACCAUCCCCUGCGGACACAACUUCUGCCAGGACUGUCUGCUCUCCACCUGGAAGGACGACUUCUACAGCUGCCCUCAGUGUCGGACCUUCUUCGCCACCAAACCGGAGCUGAAGAAAAACACGGUCCUCUGCACCGUCGUGGAAACCUUCAACUUGAGGUCCAGCAAGAGCACAGCCAGUCUGCAGGAAGAAGUGAAAAAACCCGAGGAGGAGAAGAAGGAGGAUGUCAUCCGCUGUGAUACAUGUAUGGAAGCUGAGGCGGAAAAGACCUGCCUCACCUGCAUGGCGUCUUUCUGUGAGGAGCACCUGCGCCCUCACCGGGAAAAUCCGAUCUUUCGCCUCCACCAUCUGAGUGAACCUGUGGGGGAUCUGAUGGAGCGCAUCUGUCCAGACCACCACAAGCUGAUGGAGCUCUUCUGCAGCCAGCAUGAGCGUCUAAUCUGCAGCCUCUGCCUCCAGCAGGUCCACAAAGGCUGCUCCUUCUCUUCUCCUGAGGAGCAGAGGAACCUGAAAGAGUCUGAUCUUCGAGCCAAGUUGGGAUUGCUAGAUGGAAAGAUAUCAAAGAAUGGGACAAUAAUAUCUGAAAUGAAAGAAGUUCAGACCAAGCUCAAGGACUCUGCCGCCAGCAGGAAGAAAGCCGUGGCCUUGGAGUUUCUGCAGAUGAGGGACAUGUUGAGGAAAGAGGAGCAGGAUGCUCUGAAUGCACUGGACCGAGAAGUUGAGGGUGGCCAGACCAAACUCAGAGGUCUCAUGACAAAGUUCUCUGAGAACAUUGAAAACAUGAACAAAGCUAAAGAAGACAUCCACAAUCUGCUGAGUCAGUCCCAAACCCUGGCCUUCCUACAGACUUCAUUCAACCUUCCCCAAGCUGUAAAUUUUGAGCCUCACACCCCCCGGAUCAACCUGGACUCCAAGAAGGUGUUGUCAUUUGAGGACUUUGCGGUUUCCCUGAAGAAGCAUCUAACAGAGAUCUUAAAGCAGCCUGUGGAGGCCAGAGCUCAGAUGCUAAGAGCAAGUGAAAGACCAGCUUCUGUCUUGGGGUGGACACCCCUGAGCUUUGGAGCAUCUCAGCAAUCUGUGCCCUUAACAGUCCCCAGACCCCAAAGCCCAGAUCAGCCAGCCAAAGCAGCUCAAAAGAAGAAAACACAAAAAAAUGCCAAAAAGCCUUCCCAGUCCACUGGUGGCAAUAUGGGAAAUAAGAAUCAAGCCAAAUCUAUGGAAAACCUACUCCAGUUUAGUGGGAAAGACAAACCCAAAGGAUGUCCUGCAGCUGGACCCAAAGAGCCGCCAGCUUUGUUUUCCGUUGAAGCUGCUGCUGCUGCGGUUCCCACAGAGAUCUCUAAUUCUGAGAAAAGGAUUGAUCUUCUGAAAUAUGGCACUGUGCUCACGUUUGAUCCCAGAACAGCCCAUAAACGCAUCGUGCUGAGCGAGGGAUUCACCAAGGCCUCCGUGUCAGACGAACACAUCAACUACCCCGACUGCCCCGAACGCUUCGCCGUUUGCUCCCAGGUGCUCACCUCCAAGGGCUUCUCCACGGGGCGCCACUACUGGGAGGUUCGACUGAGCAGCAACAACUUCAUCGGCGUAGGUUUGGCUUACAGCAGCAUCGACCGCAAAGGCCCCACCAGUCGACUGGGCCGCAGCCCUCUGUCCUGGUGCGUGGAGUGGUUCAACGUGAAGCUGUCGGCGUGGUACAACAGCACUGAGACGGUGCUGGUCAACCCUAACCCGAAGCGCGUGGGUGUGCUGUUGGAUUGUGAGGAGGGCAAAGCUACGUUCUACAAUGUGGCAGACAGGGCGUAUCCCUUCUACUCCUUUAUGUUCCCCUUUGGUGAUGCCAUCUAUCCAGCUUUCUGGAUUUUCUCCUGUGGCUCUUCCAUUACUCUGUGCAAGCUGCAGUAGGCAUGCGAGUGUAAAUAAACACACACACACGCAGCAUGCACAGUCAAUAUCAUUAAUGCAAGAGAAAAUUAGUUUGUAAAGUUGUGUUUGUAACAAUUAAAUCAUACAUUGAUUAAAGAACGUUACUAUAACCAGCAGGUGCCCCCCCCUCCCCGCCCCCAACAUAGUUUCAUCAUCCCGGAUAACUGGUUUAGCAGGUUUUGUCUGCGUGUUCACUUAAACUCCAUCAGCAUAUUUUACCGAUGUGUUGGUUUAAGGAAAGCAGUUAUUGCACCCCUAUUUAUACUUUUUCAACAUACUGAUAAGAACUCAUUUCUUUUCAUUUGCUCAAAGGUACACUUGGCGCUCGCACGCCUUCAUUAGCUGGCGUCUACACGCCAUGAAUGGCAUGAAUGGCUGAGGAAUAUUCUGCCCAGUUUGCCUUUGAACAGUUCAUUGUUGGGUGCAUUUUUUUUUCUUUUUUUGUGUAUAAUGUUGGGUGUGGUGAGAGGAAAGAUGAAUAACAGAGUGAUGGUCACCUGUUCAUUUUUCUUCCGUUUGAUCUGCCAAGAAAUUUAAGAUGCUUGUUCUCUCCGGUCUGAGAAUCUUAACAGACGGACGGGUUAAAGCAUCACAGGAUGAUGGAGGUGAUGGCAUAUCGUUUGGAUUGUCAUUAGUCCUUCUUGGUAUUUGUGUUGGAUGAGCAGCUGAAAUUUGGAGAUUUUUCUCUUUAUCACUGUAAAGGCUACGUGACUUAUUCUCAGUCCUGCAGACUGAACUAUAGCUGGUACUGUUCCAGUUUAGAAGGGUUUAAAAACAAAUUAGUUUUUAAAGCUUCAUCUCAUCUGCAGAAUGAAGAGAACCACUAAUCUUGAGUCCAGUUAGGAUAAAAGAUUAAAAGUUCUCCAGAAGAAUUCCAGUGAAAUAAGUCAUCUGGAAAUGUUCGCUCCCAUCCCAUAUUUUUCUGCAGUGACAGCAGUAUGACUGGACCUGAGUACUCCCCCACCAUGUUGUCGUAUGAGUCUGACAUCUCUGUUACAUCAGUGGAUGUCAUUCUUCAGUUUCAACAUAGUCUGCAGAUUCAGUGACUUUUUACACUCCUCUACUGGUUCUGCUUUGAAAGGUGAAAUAGCAACUUUUCGAACCAAUAGUUGAAAGUUCUGCAGCACAGCGGCCGUGUUUUCCUCCAGCUUUGCAGGUGCACGUCUCUCAGCUUCUGAUUUCUGCAGCUGGCUGUAGAGGGCAUCGAGCAGCAGCUCCUGCAUGAGCUGUUUGCACAUGUGCAGCGUUGUUGAGGUCAACAGGCAAACAUCCAGAAGACAGUGGUGUUUCAGGGCCGUCCGAAAUAGCAGAACACUCUCAGUCAUCCUGUCACAAUCUGUCAUGAAAGCCUUUUUUCUUUCAUUGAUCUAGUUUUCUUUCAUUGAUCUAGUUUUAAUGAAGACAUGAGAAAGCAGAUAUGGGCAUAAUGUGCAGCAGCAGUCCAGGAACACAUUUAAACCUGGGGUGUGUUUUUUUUUUUUUAAAUGCCCACAGAAAUUAAAUACUUUUCUGUGGUGGGCACGUAUUUAUACCAACCAGCCAUCAGAUGCUGUUUGCUUUCUGUAAGGUGGAGGGAAGGUGGUGAGAUGAUUUUCAGAAAGAUACAUUUUGUUUACAGAAUCUAAUGUUUUACCAGCCUGUGAGAUGCGUUGCUGAAGCAGAGUUACUGACUUCGUGUACUGAUGAAGCGCCGCUGCAGGCGUGCAGACUGAUGAAAGGUGUCAAAAUGGCAGGCUAUGUGAAUAUAGACAGAUCUUUUUCAUUGUGUAUAAACACUGAAAGUAGGCAUUUAGAUGGAGAACAAAAUGACCACUUUGUUCUUUGUCACUACAGCUGAUCUGAACCUGUAUACUGAGCUCUGCCGUUGUCACUGAAUUCCAUUGUUUAUCACAGUGGAGACAUCCUGCACCACAGUGAAACGUUAACUCUUACCACCUGGUUUAAAUUACUUUAGUGAUGUCUGUUUUAUAUUUAGUGGGACUAAAGAAAUUACAGCCUUGGUUUCCUCAACUUUACAGAUUUUUUUUUUUAAAUAAAUACUUGGGCACCAAGAAUCUACCCUUUUCUGCUCUUACUGUCGAUCUAAAAACAAACUUUUCAAUAGAUUUGUUUGCAUUCUGUAUUGUACUAUUUUUAUUUAACUGUAUUGCAGAUUAAUCAAUAAAGGCUUUUCUUUCUCA